GUGGGGUGAGCGAUCGAUUCGGCCGUUAAUCUCGCAAUCGUCAAGUCGGAAAUCCGAGCCGUUGCAGCAUCUCCCCCACUGCCAAGCAUUAACAAAAAACUGCUCUCUUGCCAAACCUCCUUCCCGUUUCUUGACGCAGUUAGGGCACGAUCAAAGAGGCUUCCAUCUAUCACUUCCCCAGUCGGUUCCAUGGUCGAUCUAGUUCUCGAAAAGCCCGAAAUCUGGAAGUGUUAUGAACUACUGUAAGGGAGGCUUACUGCUAUGAUUUGAUUCCCUUUUCUGAUGCUUUCUAAAUUACGAUAAUCAGAAAUGAAGAACAUGUGCGGUUCAUUCUCGGAUGGUAUUAGUAAUCUUCCUAAUAUUGUAAUUGAAAAGAUCUUAGUACUUAUGCCCCUACGAGAUGCAGUGAGAACAAGUCUUUUGUCAAAGAAAUGGAGGUACAACUGGAUAACUAUUCCGGAACUUGUAUUUGAUGAUACUUCACUAGUGGAUCCUUCCCCGAUUUUUUCUCGCCAACGAUUGCCACCAGACCAACUCUCAAGUCGAAACAGAUUAUUUGCCACUAUAUACCAUGUUCUAUUACUUCACCGUGGAGCAAUACUUAAGUUCAUUCUUUCUAUAUCUGAACUCAAAAGCUGUUCCGAAAUUGACGCCUUGAUAACCAUUUUGUCAAGCAAUGGUAUCCAGGAACUUGCCCUGAAAAUUUGGAAGGGUGACCCUCAUAAAUUGCCUCCAUCUCUAUUUUCUUUUCAACAACUGACGCAUUUGAAUCUCCAAUUCUGUGUAUUAAAACUCCCAACAACCUUUAAGGGAUUUCCUAGGAUGGUUUGCCUGGAGCUUCAUAAAGUGAUCAUCACUGCAGACAAGUUUCAAACUUUUAUUUCUAGUUGCCCAAUACUUGAACAACUGACGUUUGAAAGUUCCACGUGUUUUGACUUUAUUGGAAUUGAUGCUCCUAAUCUUAAGGUCCUAAGCUUCAUUGGGAUUUUCAAAUCUCUUAAGGUCAAGAAUGCACCUCAUCUUGCAAACUUCUCAAUAGAUUCAAAAGCUUCGGUAGGCAUAGUGGAAAGAGGAGGAGAUAAAUUUGGCUGGGCUGGUUUUUUCGAUAGUCUACCUGUUCUUAAGAAUCUACAUAUGGGUGGUCAAUAUCUGAUGUCAUUGGGUGAAGCAGGCUUAGGAAGGAGGCUUCUUACAUCAUGGGGCCUUAAUUUCCUAGAAUUAUCUGAUGUUCGCCUUGGGGUACAAGUUGUUUGCUGGACUGUUUUGGGGUUGAUUAAAAUCUCUCCAAAAUUGCGUAAAGUGAUAAUCAAGCCAAUUACAACAGGUAAUGAAUAUGAAGUUGCUGUACUGAAAUAUUGUGAAGUGAAUAUGAACAGAUCAAAGUUCUAUCUGAACCAUCUUCGAGAGGUGGAGAUGUGUCUUGUAUCUGGUACACCAAUUGAAUUACAGUUCAUGAAGCUUCUAUUAGCUAAAUCCCGUGUAUUGGAGAGCAUGGUUGUCAAGCCAGAUCCGGCUAAGGUUUUUGAUGGAGGACUGACGAUCUUGAAAGAGUUGUCACAAUUUCAGCGCUUGUCACCCAAGGCGAAAAUCAUGUACAAAGAUACAAAUAAAUGAAAUCCAAGUUUAGCUAUGUCAUUGCAACGAGGAUACAUAGAGGUGGUGCGAAAUUUGUUGGUUUUUGUAAGCUGACUCUCAUAUUAAAGCAACUAGCCGACUUUUAUAAAUGAUGCAAUUGGUUUUGAUGGAAGCAAUGUUUUGUUUGUUUGUGGCUUUCGAAUUUACAAAAAAUAAUGGCGGGACCUUCUUUCCCCUUCGAGAAAAUCGACUCUUUCUGGGUAUGUGAGAUGGUACUUCUUUGCAGGUGGUUGUAAAUUGAUGAGGCAUGGUAUUAUCAUUGUGAAAUUUGCAGGAUAAUACUACAUAUU